CGAGAAAAUGACCUUAUUUGCUGUCACAAUAUAGUACAAAGUACUACUAGUAGUACACCUAAAUCCUAUCCAUUAAAUAAUGAUAUAUUAAAUAAAUAUCUUAAUGCAUUUGAUAAAGAUAUAAAUGUUUUUAUUUAUUAG